UAUGGAUUUUCCUCAGUGCUCGCAUGAAGACAGAAGUUUAUUUGUAAAUAUUGUAAUUUGUAAAUACCACUGAAACCAUUUAUUUUUGCAACGUUUAAGUGAUUUAUUGGAAAGUGGCAGUGUUUUAUGGAUAAAAAUAUAAGCGGAAACCUUACUUGAACCCUCAGAGGGCAAGAGCGAGCCGCUAUGGUGAUGGAAGCCAAUCCCAUUACUGACCAGCACGCUGAAGAGCGCGUCCACGGCGCGUCGCUGCGGCCCCGCGCGGGCGGCGACGUGAUGGCGGCGGAGCGCGGAGUAGGCGCGCUGGACCUCGGCGCGCCCUACGCCGCACCCUCCAACCUCGUGCUCACGCCCGCACCUGAAUGCCGCAAGCUGUCGCGCGGCAUCUCGCGCGCCACCGACAACGAGGGGCUGGUGUGGGCGCUGCGCAGCGGCACCGAGCCCGCGCCCGCCCGCGCCGACCACAUCUUUGUACUCCCGGACAUCUCCGUGUACCCGCCCGACUUCCGAACAUUCAUCGAGAAGGACCUCCUCGAAACCGCCACUCUAGUAACCCUCGAGUCCGCCCACAUCCUGAACUGGUGGCGCCAGGGCCGCGUCCCGGCCGCGCCGCGUCUGCUGCCGCUGGCGACAUCUGGCGACGGGAACUGUCUGCCGCACGCCGCGUCGCUCGCCGCCUACGGGUUCCAUGAUCGGCUGCUGGCGUUGAGGACCAGGAUACAGGCGUUGUUGUCUGGCGAGGCGGGGAGUGCGGUUACUAACGCAAUAAAACGUCGCUGGCGUUGGUCCGAAAGCCUAUCGCUGCGCAGCGCGGGCCUGACGCCCAGCGAGGCGGAGUGGGAGGGCGAAUGGCGCGACGCCGUGCGUGCGGCAUCGGCCGAGCCGCGCCCGCACCAGCCAACCGCGGCGCCGCAUUAUGCUGGAUUAGAGCAGCUGCACGUGUUCGCAUUGGCCCACGUCAUGAGGCGGCCGGUGUGCGUGUUCGCUGAUGUCGCUUUGAGGGACUUCCGCGGCGACCCAAUAGCGCCCAUCCCGUUCGGCGGCAUCUACCUCCCCCUAGAGCUAGACCCGCUAGUCUGCAGCAAGGCGCCGAUCCUGUUGGCAUACGACGCGGGGCACUUCUCAGCACUGGUGCCGAGCGAGCCGCUGCCCACUGACGGUGCCCGGGUGCCGCUUGAAGACCAGGCCGGGAACCAACUGCCGAUACGAUUCAACGUGGACCCCGGCGACGACUUCCGCUGGGACGUGGAACCCGACCAACGCACCAUCAACGCCUUACUACCAGACGAGUACCAGCGCGCCUCCAUGCUAGCCGCCUAUCUGGACCUAGAGCGAGUCGAAUGUGCCCUCCCCUCCCAACCCUCAGAAGAAUUACGAAGAUCACUGGACGCACUGUCCACCAAGAGCUCCAAACAAAUGAACUCCGUCGCCAAACAGUUCGGCAGCAUCGGCCGCUCAAUGUCCAGCAAGAUUAAGAAGAAUUUUGGUUCCAUGGCGAAGCUGAGCAAGGGCAGUAGUGGAAGCCAGAGUAACCCCGAGGAGCUGGUGCGGAGGCAGUCGACGUGUGAAGUGCUGUGCUGUAAGGUGCUGGCGGCUCGCGCGCCCGUGCAGGACGAGAUGGUCAAGAAUUACCUGAAUGAGGCUUGGAUCGGCUACACAACCGAAAAAAACCGCAAGGAGCACACGACCCUCCCGUCCCAGCCUCGCUACGGCACCGGUCGCUCGCAGUUCUACGCGGAGGCGGGCGCGGCGGCGCACGAGGCGGCUCGCAGGACCGCCCCCCGCCCCGCGCGCGCCGCGCAAGACCGCACCCUGUACUUGUGCAAGAGUACGUUCUACGACGACCGCCCGCCGAGCCCGCAGCCGUGCCGCGCGCCGCUCUGCCUGUACUACGGGAGCAAGGACAACGGCGGCUACUGCUCCAGCUGUGCCAAGCUACAGUGAGCUUCCUGCAGCGUGGGGUGAGAAGGGAGAGCGGUGUAAAAUGUGUUGUUUAAAAUUUGAGGUAUAUGCGGCGUAUUUCGGGAUAGAUGGUUUUAAUUAUUGAUUUGUUGUCGUGAGUAUUUACGUUAAGUUGUUUUGAUUUAUAGUAAAUUGAAUAACAACAUUCGUCUCAGCUGAAUGAAAUAAGUAUAGAAAGGAAGUUUCGAAAGUCUCCCACAAAUCAUGAUCUUCAGUAUUGAGUGUGUCAUUUUAAUUGAAGUUUACAUUAGAUUCUGAUUAGUAUCGAAAUCGGAUUGUGUGUUAACUACAAGUAGUUUGAACUACUUUUUAGAGUAAGAUUGUAUGUUGUUAACUUAAGCAAGGUUUGUUAAGAAUUCUCAGAGGUUUUAAGAUUGUGAUAAUUAUUUUUGUUACUUUGUAAACAUAACAAUGAUAUUCGUACCCACCCAUAUAUAAAAUAUCUAUUUACAAAUAUAACUACGUAUUUGUUACUGUGAAAGGCACAGAAAAAACCUUCCAUAUUUAGAAACAAAAGCUGUGACUACUAUUUUCAGUAUAUUUUAUGACAAUGACUAAAGAAGUGCCAAAAUUGGCUUCUGUAUUUGUUGUCUAAUAUCUGUAGCGCUGUUGUGACCCGUAAUAAACCCUUGUGUGUACUUAUUAAGAUAACCGAUGUGUUCAAAAUUCAGUGCCAGGUGCAUUCAAUAAAGAAUUUUGACAAUACGAGAAAAAUAUUCCCAUACAAGUAGCGUAAUAUGUGUAGAUUUUUUGUAAAAGAAAUAUAUAUUGUAGAGGAAUGAGCACAUUGUAUUUUCAUAUACUUCAAUAGAUGUAUUUAUUCAUGUGUCUACCUCGUGUAACGCAGUGAAUGCUGAAAUGAGAAAACUAUAAACAUCAUUCAAAGGAGUCAGGGUAUCAAGCUUUGAUUGACAAGUAAAAGAUAUUUAUAGAGUACAUUUUGUGUAUAGUGUGUGUAGUGCGUAUGUGUAAUGUCUAACCGUCAUUGGACUUCAGUUAACUUUGUUCCGAUAGCUUGGAGUCAGUCUCCGUCCUUUGUUUGCUUGAUUUUGAAAAUGAGAAAAAAGUUUUGAUCUAUCUAGUCCGAUAAUUUUAGUGUAUAAGUGUAUUUGAACUAAGUUGAUAAAUAAUGUACUUUAGUUUUUGUAAUUAUUAUUAGCGUUUAAAAUUGUUGUUUUUUUUAACUUUGUUAAUAUAUUUUUUAUGUUCUUCUCUAUCUAUGUAAGUACUUACUUUCAAUAUCACAUUCUAACAUUCACCUUUUAUGUAAGUAUAAAUAUCAAAAGGUUUUUCUAAUUACUUACCUUAAUUAACAUUUCACUUUUAGCCUUAAGUAGAUCUGUGAAAUAAAAUUAAUAAUAAGUAUGAUUUCAAUAAAACAGGGUGAUGUUAAAACUACCUGUUUCAGAUAUAAUAUUUUCCUAAGAAUCAGUAGCAACUAUUUUUGAACAACUAUCCAAAAUGUAAUACAUAAUUAAUGUGUACUUGUAUAGUCAAAACUAAUAAUGUGCAAGUAAAAAUCAUAUACAUAUAUGAAAUAUUUUUUCACAUACAUAAUAUACAUAGAGGCAUAUCAAAUUUUGUAGAAAUAUAAAUGUGGUUACGCAAG